UGACAGCUUGUGGUCAGAGCAUCUGAUGAUGGUGUUUGUGUUUUGCUCUGCUCAUGUUCAGACUCCGCAGCGAUGCGCUUCACCCGCACCUGUUUAUAUUCCUGAAACCCAUCGCUCAUAUUAUUGUGAUUAAUCUAUCAAUAUCUGCUUUUGCUCAUCGAUGGUCUUAAUAUGACGAGCGCUUACACCAGACCUUCAGCUGAAGGGGCCACAGAGAAGGACCGGCUGCUGAGUCCCGUGAUGGGAUACGGCUCCGGCGACCUGAACGGCGGGUGUCACCGCAGCCCCCCCUCCCUGGACGUGUGUGUGACGGGCCCUCAGGGGCCGGAGGAGGAAGAGGAGGAGGCCCUGAGGAGGAAGCUGAAGUACUUCUUCAUGAGCCCCUGUGAUAAAUACCACGCGAAAGGCCGCAAACCCUUCAAGCUGGUCCUUCAGCUGCUGAAGAUAGUCUUAGUCACUGUACAGCUGGUGCUGUUUGGUCUCAGUAAUCAGAUGGUGGUGGCGUUUAAGGAGGAGAACACCGACUCCUUCAAGCAUCUGUUCCUCAGAGACUAUCGGGACGGGUCUGAGGAGCCGCUGUGCAUCCACACGCAGAAGAGCGUCCACGAUCACAUCAACUACACCAUAGAGCGGUAUCUGUCUCUGCCGCAGACGUCAGUGGGAAGGUACGCGUAUGUCCGCGGUGCGGGUGUGAACGACAGCGCCCUCUACCUGUGCCAGCGCUACUACAGGAAGGGCAGCAUCGACCCGGUCAACGACACGUUUGACAUCGACCCGCAUGUUGUCACGGAGUGUGUCGGAGUGGAUCCACCGCCAGACCCUUCAGCUCCACGGCAAAACCACUACAAGACCUUAAACCUCAAUUUCCAAAAGCUGAUCAAUGUGACCGUCCAGUUCCAGCUGAAGGCCAUAAACAUCCAGACCAUUAUUAAUAACGAGAUUCCCGACUGCUACACCUUCUCCAUCACUAUCCUGUUUGAUAACAAGGCUCACAGCGGUAAAGUGAAGCUCAGUUUGCUGAACGAGGCGUCCAUUAAAGAGUGCCGAGACCCUAACGUGUCUGGACACGCGGACAGUUACGCGCGCGUGGCGUUCGACGUGCUGGUGGCGGUGGUGUGCGGCCUGUCUCUGGUGUUGUGCGGCCGCUCCAUCCUCAGAGGAAUCAUCCUGCAACACGAGUUUGUGUGUUAUUUCCGCCAGUCUCUGGGCCGUCCGGUGUGUUGGGCCGACCGGCUGGAGUUCAUCAACGGCUGGUACCUCCUGCUCAUCAUCAGCGACGUGCUCACCAUCAUCGCCUCCUUCAUCAAGAUCGCCAUCGAGACCAAGAACCUGUCGUCGUAUGACGUCUGCAGUAUUUUGAUGGGAACCUCCACCCUGAUGGUUUGGGUCGGGGUGUUGCGAUACUUCAGCUUCUUCCAGAAAUACAACAUCCUGAUCGUGACUCUGCGGGCCGCGUUCCCCAGCGUGAUCCGGUUCUGCUGCUGCGCGGCUGCCAUCUACAUGGGCUACUGCUUCUGCGGGUGGAUCGUCCUGGGACCCUACCACGCCAAAUUCCGCUCUCUCUCUACGGUGUCCGAGUGCCUGUUUUCCCUCAUCAACGGAGACGACAUGUUCGCCACGUUCUCGGACAUGGAGCAGAGCGGGGCGCUGGUGUGGGUCUUCAGUCAGGUGUACCUCUACACCUUCAUCUCGCUCUUCAUCUACAUGGUGCUGUCGCUCUUCAUCGCGCUCAUCACCGGAGCCUACGACACCAUCACACAACAAACGCAGGAGGUGCCGCAAGGGUCUGAACUGCACCGGUUCAUCGCCGAAUGCACCGACACGCCGACCUCCGGAAACUUCCACUGUCCCGAGCCGUCGACCUGCUCACUCUUCUGCUGCUUCAGCUAGAGUGUGUGUGUGUGUGUGUGAGUGUGUUUCUGGGUAAUGCUUCAUUCAUCUCACACACGCACGGGAUGGACACGCACUCCUAUGUUUGUUCGUUCAGAGAUAAACUUGUUUUAAUUCUGUAAUUUUAUAUGUAAAUCCGUUAUGAUGAACGAGCAGAGACUGUGUUUGCAUAUUCAUGAGCAUCUCGUGGCCAGAACAGGUGAAGUGAUCCGAGGAGGGACAGCACUCACACACACACCAACACUGAGGCACACAGAGG